AUGCCUGACCUUUCUGAGUGCUCGAAGUGUCUCAAGGCACAGCAGGAGACGAACUUCCCUCCAACACCAUUCUUUGAUGGACCAGAAGCACCUUGCCGCUUCGAAGCGGAAGUCUAUAAUUGCAUAGUCCGCGGUUCGAUCCCCCAAGAGAUCGACGGAACAUACUACCGUUGCAUGCCCGACUGGUCCUGGGCCCCUCUUUAUGAAGACGAUGUUUUCAUCAACGGGGAUGGCGCUAUAGAUGCAGUUCGGAUCAGGAACGGUCACGCCGACUUCAAGCAAAAGUAUGUGCGCACUGCCAAGUUCAACAUUGAGAGGGCAGCAAGACAGUCAGUCUUUGGUAAAUAUCGAAACCGCUACUCGGACGACCCGAGAGUAAAGCAUGAGGUUCACUCAACUGCGAAUACUCAUAUCGUGUAUUUCGAAAAUCAGCUCCUAGCGUUGAAAGAAGACUCCCGGCCGUAUGCAAUGGAUCCGGACUCGCUUGAGACCAGAGGACUGUACGACUUCCAUGGGCAGUACUCAGCUCCAACUUUCACCGCGCAUCCAAAAAUUGACCCUGAUAACGGAGAGCUGAUCACCAUGGGCUAUGAAGCCAAAGGUGAUGCGACAAAUGAUGUCGCAUACUAUCUCUUCGAUAAGAACGGGAAGAAGCUUGAAGAAUGUUGGAUCAAGACGCCUUAUGUGGGAAUGAUGCACGAUAUGGCAGCGACCAAAAAUUGGAUCGUCUUCGUACUCAUUCCGCUUGAGACACAGCCAGUUGAAAUACUACAGCAAGGAUCGAAGCAUUUCGCAUGGGCCGAGGAUAAGCCACUAACGUUUGGUCUUCUGCCGCGGCGAAACCCUAAACCUGUAGACGUUCGGUGGUUCAACUUCAAGAACGCCUUCUACGGGCACACCGGAAACGCAUUCGAAGGCGAAGACGGAUGUGUUUACCUCGACGCACCCCUGACCCAUCACAACAAGUUUUGGUUCUUUGGCCCACGAGGCGAGGACCCGUUUUCUCAUCCCAGCGGCAAGGCGGCGGUAGGACAACCUGCCAGUAGCUAUGUGCGCUGGAAGCUCGAUCCCAAUGCAACAAGCUUCCAGGUUGAACCGACCGAGCUAGUCGCUCUUGAUGGUGAAAUGCCCAAGGUUGACGAAAGAUUCGCAACCAAAGCGUACAGCAAACUGUUCCUAUGCGUUCACGAUCCAAAGGCCAAGUACAGCCCUGUCGGUGGGACCUACAACACCAUUGCAGCUGCAGAUAUCAACACCGGGAACGUUCUUACCAAGGUCCCCGGAGGGUAA